AUUAAAAACAUAUGUAAAUAAAGUCCAUUAAACUUAUAUAAAUGCGAAGUGACACGUAUACUGCUAGAUACGGUAGUGCAAUACCAAUCGCAUCUCCAUAGAAAAUAUCCCUAGGAGUCGAAAGAUCAGUCGGUGCAAGUGGUAAUAUAUCGGUUUUGUUUACCCCCUCCUCUACGUUCGUUGCUCUGUGUUCCGUUUGGCGUAUUCCACUGUCGAGUUGUGAAGUAACGAAGCGGUUUCGCCGAAUGUGUCGCACCGUGUGCGUGUUCCGUCAUGCUCCUGAAUGAGUUUACUGUCGAUUAAGUGCCUAAAGACGAAAGAAUGUAUCACGUUUGUUGAUAUUAGAGUGGCUAGUGCUACGAUGUCGAAUGGUGCACGAUGACACGCCCGUGAAAAACGAUAACAGAGCCUAUUAUUUGAUUGACCAAAGAGACAAUUGAGAAAAACGCAAUACGCGAAAAGGAGCCCUGCUUUGUGUAUUCCCAGUGUGACAUUCGUUGAAAUAAAAACCAUGCUUCAACCAAGAGCUACAUACAUCAGGCGAUAAAGAAGCAAAAGGAAUGGCUAAUUUGAUGAUAACUACGUCAAGUAAGAAUAGUUCACGCAGUACAUCACCUAACAGAGGAAAUACAUUGACCUCACCUCAACCAUUUUCAGCUACUUUGGAACAUAUUUCAAAAGCACGUAAUGCUUCACUUUCCCAAACAGGGGAGGGUAGUACAGGCAGUGGAAGUAGUGGUGGUGGAGGCAGCUUCAGCAUGAAAGGUAGUAGGCAAAAAUCACCAGGAACUGUGAUUCGAGUAGAUGCUAUGGAUGAACCAAAUACCAAUUUAAUCACUGCCGAACAAGACGAGUUUGUGCCAAAUAUUCACCUACCAGCCGAUGACGAAGGAGAACAAUAUCAUGCAACACAAUCGUUCCUAUCAAAUGGCUCCUCUGAAUUAAUAACUGAUGAUGUUGACUCUAACUCUGCUCGUGUUUGUCAAGCUAUUGAGCAUAUCCAAAGUAAAAUUGCUAAAACACGAGAACUUAUAAGAAUAGAACAAACCACACGUGAUGAAAAUGUAAAUGAAUAUCUAAAAUUAGCUGCCAAUGCAGACAAGCAGCAGCUUACUCGAAUCAAAGCAGUAUUUGAAAAGAAAAAUCAAAAAUCAGCGCACAGUAUUUCUCAACUCCAAAAAAAAUUGGAUAGUUAUACAAAAAAAUUAAAACAUUAUGAAUUAAAUGGUGCACCUACAAGUCACAGACAACCCAGAGAAGUGCUUCGGGAUAUGGGACAAGGACUUAAAAACGUGGGUGGCAAUAUUAGGGUUGGAAUCAGUGGUUUUUCAGGAAGUGUAAUGUCCAAACCAAGAGAAUUUGCACAUUUAAUAAAAAACAAAUUUGGCAGUGCAGAUAACAUAAAUACUUUAUCUCAUGGCUCAACUUUUUAUGUAAACGAUACACCGCGUGCAGGUAAUGGAGAUAACGCUAGUGUUGAAGAUGAAAAGGCUCAUCAUGGAUCAGCGACGCUGCCUGGUGGGUGUAGUUUGGGAUCAACUCAUAGUGCUGCGGCAAUGAAAUUUCCAUCCGAAGAAGGAUCCGAAUGCUCUAGUGUUACAAGUGAAAGCGGACCUGGUAGUAGGGGGCAAGCACACACAUGUCACAGUAGUAAUAAUGCUGCACUUAGUCUUAAAUCUAUUUUCUCUGAACUACAAGAACAUAGAGAAAAUUUGGAGAGAAUGAAAGAUAAAUUAGAAGGUUUGAAGAGUUUGCAACAAGAAGUGACAUAUCUUUCCCAUGCUUUGCAAGAGGAACGUUUUAGAAGCGAGCGUCUGGAGGAACAAAUUAACGAUUUAACUGAACUGCACCAAAAUGAAGUAGAAAACUUGAAACAAACUAUAACAGAUAUGGAAGAAAAAGUGCAAUAUCAAAGUGAAGAUCGAUUAAGGGACAUACACGAAAUGUUGGAGAGUUGUCAAACUAAAAUUUGUAAAAUGGAACAUCAACAACAACAACAUCAACAAUAUGUCACUUUAGAGGGUCUGGAUAAUAGCAAUGCAAGGGCGUUGGUUGUAAAGCUCAUAAACGUAGUAUUAACUGUGUUGCAAGUUAUUCUACUUCUUGUUGCAACAGGUGCUGGUAUAAUGAUGCCUUUCCUUAGGACCAGUUGUACUAAGCCUCAUUGUUUCAUGUGCAGGGUGCGCAUAUUAACAACUACGUUUGUUGUAUUGGGCAUAGUAUUUGUGCUCAAACAAUGGCCUGAGGUUCACGACGUCGGCAGUCACCUCAUGCGCCAUCUUAAACAGACUCUCGCCGUCAAGUAGCAUCGGUGGUAUACUUAAAUUUACCAUACCCUGUGAUGAAGAAAAAUUGUACACAAUGAUCAACAUUUUGGACCCAUUUAUCAGUGCUGUAGUUUUGGAGCAAUAAUAGUAGGUAUAUGCGUAAAUGACUUCAUUUAUAUUUUAAAUUUGAUCAUGUUCACUACUAUUAUAUUGAAUCAGACGAGUAAUUAAAUCUAUUUGAUACUGUUAAUAGAAUUACAAUACACAAAACAUAUUUUGCUGUGCAAAGUGUUUCACUUAGGAAGAAGAGAUUUAGUAGAAAUAAUAAACAUAAAAAUGUCUUUUGUCCCUUAUGCAAAUGUUAUAAAUUUAUUUUGCGAUAUUUUUAUCUUUAUUUGACUAAUUUUGCUAAAAAAUAAUACGUAAUGAUUAUGAUUUAUGAUAAGAAAAUAAAAAUUUCCAUGAAACAUGAAAGAGGCAGUAAAUAUGUAACGCUGUACACUGAUAUUGCUUGAUUACAUACGGCACAUUGUUAGAAGAAUUUACUCUAAUGUCAUGCGAUUAAGUUCAUUUUUACACGAAUCAUCAAUUAGCAUGAAAUUUAAAAAAAAAAAAAUAUUGAACAAGCGAAAGUACUGAUUAAAAGAUAGAAAAGAAAAUUGUUCUAUCAUUAGUGUCUGUGGGAGGUGUUACCACCAUUUUUGGAAUUAUAGUUCGUACAUUUGAUAUUCUAGUAAAUUUAAAUUUGUGUAAAUUUAUCAAAAUGCACAUUUUGAAAUAAAAUAUUUAUAAUUACAAUCGUCCAAUUGCUAAACAAUGAUAUAAAUUAAGAAAGCAAGAGAACACUUAAAUAACUGUAGAUAUUCUUCAUGUCAAAAUGUAUAAAAUAUGUGAUAUAUUCCUUAGUGUUGGCAAUGAGGUGGGGUAAUUUGAUUCUUAUAUGUAAGUUACAAAUUAUACAUUCAUGAGAAUACAAAAAUGUAAAGGUGAAUAGAAGUACUUUUAGAACACUUAACAUCAAAAGAGGACCAACAUGUUUCAUUCCUCUUAUUCUACAUAUAACGUUAAUUUGUUUCACAUACGACGUAAGAAGGAUACACCUUUUGAAAUAAAUAGCAUUAACUGUUAUUUGUACUCUCACGAAUGUUUUAAACCACCACAGACACAAGAAUGCAUACAUAUUAUAUUGAAUAUAAAGAAAUGAACCAUGACAGAUGUUGAAAUGAGAGAAAGACUGAUGGACUACAUCGCUGUUACAGUUGUGAGUAAUUUAAUAUUUGUGGCAACUUUGUGUUGUUAUUCAUUUAAAAAAAUGUUAAAACAGUAAAAUGAUUGAGAAAAAAUUUUUUUUGAAGUGCAACGGUAAUUACAAAAUGGUACAAUUAUACAAAAAGAGAUAAUUCUUAAAUUAACAUAGGUGCUCAAAUCUGUGAGUGUAUAAAAUAUUUUGGUCUACAUAAUUUUUUGAUUCUAUUAUCGCUACUUAAUGGCGAAAUAUCAUUUAUUUCACUAAUUUUCUAAUUUUCAUCUUUCUGCAAGCACAGUAUCACGAAAUAUAAAGUUUCAUAGCCUAAUAUUAUUUUGUGAAUAUGUGACAAGUAAAGAAAGAAAUUAUUUUUCGAUAAUUAUAAUCUUUUUUUAUUGCUUAAUACGUAAAAUUCUCUUUAUGUUUUAUAUAAAUGCGUAGUUUCUAAUUUGUAUUAAGUUCAUGCAUUAAGAUUUUUGUUAUAUGUUGGAUUAUGUACCGUUAUCGUUUAGUUGACCUUGAUAAGAUAUGAGAAAUUGUUUUUAAUUGACAAACAAAAUCUGUAAAUAAAAUAAUGUUUAUGUA